CUAACAGUAGUUUCACUUUCCACCUUAACUCCUGCAGAGUGUACGUCGUUUUUGUGCAGGCCGAGGAAGAGGCAGCUAUGUAGUGAGUAGUGGGAAAGUCCAGGUGAAGAUUUCCUCGGUGGAAAACUACUGUUGCAUGGGAAGUGAAGACGGGUGAGAAAAAAAAAAAUCAUGGCCUCAGCCACAGCUUCUAAGAAGAUGAGGGAAGAAGCCACCUGCUCUAUCUGCCUACAGCUGAUGACUGAACCAAUGAACAUUGACUGUGGACACAGUUUUUGUCGCUUGUGUUUAAUGAAAAUCCUUGAGAACAAAAUCCCUGUUAUGUUUGGAGGGGGAAGCCACUGUCCUUUGUGUAAGGUUAUUUUUAGACGUGAGAGUCUCCGUCCAAAUAAACAACUGGAAAAUCUCAUUGAAGCCAUCAAGGAGAUGGACCAUGAGAAGUUGUGUGAAGAACAUGGAGAGCAGCUCCAGCUGUUCUGUGAAGAUGAUCACCAGUUCAUCUGCUGGCGCUGUGAAAGGGCAACACAGCACAAGGGACAUGUCAUAACUCUAGUUGAAGAUGUACGUGAAGGCUACAAGGAAAAGCUCCAAAAAGCUCUGGUGUACCUGAAGGACCGUGAAGCCCUAUGUGAUAGUCUGAAAUUGUUCACAAGAGAGCAAAUAAUUGAAUGGAAGGAGAACAUAGAGCUUCAGAGACGAAAAAUUCAUUCUGACUUUGAGAAUCUCCAUAACUUCCUGCAUAAGGAGGAGACAUAUUAUCUAUGCAAACUUCAGGAAGAGAAAGAGGAGAUUCUGAGGAAACUACAGGAGGGUGAAGCCAAUCUAGAAAAACAAAGCUGUGAACUCCGGAACCACAUCCUGGAACUAGAGAAGAAGUGUGAGGGUUCAGCUCAGAAAUUGCUUCAGGAUAUGAAUGAUACUUUGAAAAGGAGUUUGACUGUGCAGCUGAAAGCACCAGAGAUUGUCUCUUUGGAGGUCCAUACUAUGUGCAAUGUUUCUGAACUUUACUUUGAUGUGAAAAAUAAUUCACAUAGUUCAAACACUUCAUGACAGAUUAGAAGAGCUUCACGUGAAUUAUCCUGUUUUAUAUCAGUUAUCUCUAAAGGAAAUAUUAACAUCUUACAAGUGAGGAAACUGUGACACAGAGAGGUGAAGUGAAUGUUGUUAACAAUUGCACAAAUCAAGGAGUGAUAACUCAGCCAAUCUCUCUCUAGAUUCACUCUCUUAAAUGACUCUGCAAUGUGGCAAAAUAAUAAUAAUAAUAAUAAUAUGUUUUUGAUUCAAGCACUGAGGAAAUGUGUAGUGGGUUUUUAUUUGUUGUUAAUACACAAAAUAUUUGUAUAAAUGUCCACAUGCUUUCUUAUGUCCUGUAAUUGGAUUCCUGAAGAGAUAUACCUUAAACUAAAAAUGCUGCCAUUUAGAAAAAUAGAUUUUAGUUUUGCUACAUAUUCAGUAAAUCUUGAAAUUGUACUGAUUUACACCCAAUCAACCAUAGUAGAGAUUCCACUGUUCCACAUAUCUGUUUCUUUACCUAACAUUUUGGCAGAAUGGUAGAUUUGACAGUGUACCUAGUUGGGAGUUAAAUUUGUGUCUCUCCAACUUUGCUAGUGAGGUUGAAAUUUUGUAUGUUCAUUAACUCAAUUGUGUUACCUCAGAGGAUAAUCUUUUAGCUAGAUAUUAAAAUGUAUAUAGACUUGCUUUCUGAUUUCGCCUUAUUCAGUACACAUUCCAUCUAUACCUUAGAUACUGCUAGGCUUGUAAUGUCUACUGUACUAGUCUUGCUGGGCUACUCAGAUAUUUAAUAUCUUCAAUUUGUCCACCAGAGCUACUUAUGACUUAUAUAAAGAAGAACUUUAAAAUGUUUUGUAGUGAUUGUGGUCACAACUUUGCAUUGUAAUUCUGUAGUUUUUGUAUUGUAUUACUGGAGACUUCACUAUUUAUGCAUAUAUAUAUAUGAAAUAAUGAUAUAUUUAUAGUAAAUUGUGUAUUUUUCUUUACAAAUUGAUGCUUUACAUUCUUAUUCAUAGUUUGACUUUACAUAUUUAUAUAAUUGUGUAAACAUGCAUAUAAUACCAUAACCUCAUUAAGAAUGAUCAUAUUAACUAUGCAUAUUUUAAAUGAUAAGGUUUCUAGAUCAUUAAUCUGUGUCAACUAAAAAGCAAACAAGAUAUGCCAAAUUUGUCACAAGGCAGACUUCACACAUACUCCACAAAAAGCAUCUCCCCUCUAGAUGAGGUUUCCAGAUCUGUCCAGUCCCAUUCCACUUGGAUCUCUCUUCUUGAAGUCCCUGCAGUGGGGUGGCACUUGUACCACUUGUGAACUACUGCUAAAGGGGGGUAAAUGGUAAGACACAUGGGACUGCCCUUAACUGAGGUCUCAUCUCAAUAUCAGGGGAACUCUAACCCUAGAAUGAAGUUCCAUCUCCUUGGAAUCAGUGAAUUGAAGGUUUGUUAAGAAAUUUUAUGUUAUUUUUUUCCCCUGUUAUUGUGAAUGAAAUCAAGCCAGAAACAGAUUAAAGUACUCAUGAAAGAA